ACGUGACCGCACUGGAAUGUCAACAAUGUGGAAGGUGGGAGGAGCUUGUACGCCACUCAAACUCCGUCGGCUCCCGGGCGCCUGUUUCAUGGAUCCCCGAGGAAACUGUUUCUGAAAACGACGACGAAUGCGGUGACAACAUGUCGCGGUGUUUUCGGCCGACGGCCGUGCAGUGUUGCCGUGCUUGAAGUGCUCGCGGGGCCGGCCGACCGACGCUCUCGCAGGAUACCGUGCCAGCAGCCCUCGGUCCUACGUGUAAAUGAUCUGCGCCGUGGUCCUUCGGAGACCAUGUUUGGAAGUGCAGUGCCGCGCAUCGUUGUGACUAGUGCACAUUGUGGUGACGGUCGGUGCUCUGGAUUACACGUGUCCCGGUAACCACGUAGGUUCGGAGGCAAAGGUUUGGGGCCACGGAUGUUGAGCAGCCAGCUACGCAGUGAUGCCACAUUGCACUUUCAAGUAAUCGCAUGCCUCUCAGGGUGUCGCCCUUGGGGGGAGGAGGAGGAGGGGGUCCCCGACCCGAUGGGCCUAGCGGGGGGGGACCUCCCUGAGAAGGGCUGAGGGGGCAUGAUGCGGCCCUGCGGCGAGCCCCCCGGCGGUGGGCCCGGGGGGGCGCCGGCACACAAGGAGUACCGCCAGAAGGCGCUCCAGCAGAUUCGCAACAGCCUCAUGCCCUUCGCCCACCAGGGAAGGGACCGACGGUCGAGCGCCUCCUCCACGGCCAGCGAGUCCGGCUCGUACGCGCCAUCCGUCGCCUCCUCGGAGGACACGAGUUCUCGCAGCUCCAAGUGGAGUUCCUCCAAGGGCAUCGAGUUCGGCCAGGAGAAGGAACCGCCGCCUCCGCCUCCCGCCAUGGUCAACGGGCUGUCCAGGAGCGCGCCAGGCAAGGUGGGCGGCAUGAAGGCCCUGCGCAAGGCGAGCCUGCAGGCCGACUCGGGCGUGCCGCUCUGGGAGCGCUCCAUGCUCGAGGCGACGCGCUCGGACAGUCCGGUCGGCGUGCAGCAGCGACAACCGCCACCGCCGCCUCCCCCGGACUUUCCGCCCAGCGAACCGCCACCGCCGCCGCCUCCCCCGCGCGGGGUCGUCGUCGGGCCGACGUCCGGCAACCCCGUGGCCGGCGUCCACCACCACCACUCGCUGCUCAAGCAGCCCCCGCGGGCGCCGUCCUCGGUGGGCGGCUACAGCAGCACCUCGUCGGGCUCCGCGGGGCCCCUCCUCAAGGGUCCCAGCCCUGUGCCCCUGAUGGGCGGCGGCGGCCGCCUCCUGUACCCGAGCGGCGCCGCGCCGCCGCCCCCUUACCCGUGUAGCGGCGGCAGCCUGUCGUCGGCGCCGUCGUACGCCGCCUCGUCGAGCUCGGGCCGCCAGAGCCCCGCCAACACGACCGUGAGCAGCAGCUGCAGCGAGUACUCGGUGGCCUCCGGGAGCUCCAAGUCGCGCGCCCUGCCGCCUCCGCCCGCGUACACGCCGCCGCCGGCCGCGCCGUCGCCCGGUGCCGGGGUCUCCGGGCCGCCGCCACCGCCUCGACCCCUGCAGGCGUGGUCGGCGCGACAGGCCAAGUCCCAGUCGCCGGUCAUCAUGCAAUCGGUGAAAAGCACGCAGGUCCAGAAGCCCGUCCUCCAGACGGCCAUCGCGCCCACGGCGCCGCUCACGCCGUACAACUACGCCGCCUCGUCGUCGACGUCGGGGCCCCCGCCGCCUUCCCUGUCCGUCGCCUCUUCGCGGAUCCACGAACCGCCGCCGUACCCGAGCCAGGUAGCCGGCGGGGGAGGCGGCGUCGCCUCCGUCACGGCCGUCCAGCCGCCGCAGCCCCAGCCACCACCGUACGCGGCGCACAAUGGCGCGCCGCCGCCCCCCUAUGCGCUGCACCGGCAGGACCCGCCGCCGCCCCCGCCCGCCACCGUGCCCACCACGGAGCCGCCGAGCUACGCGUCGUCCGUGGUGGCGUUGGCUGCGCAGAGGGCCGCCGCGGCGGCCGCGUACAGCUCCUCCAAGAACUCCUCGGCGUUGCUGGGUGGGCGGACGACGUCGGUGGCCACCACGACGGCGUCCUCGGACCUGGUGACCACGGUAGCCAGCAUCUGCUCGUCGCAGGUAUCGGCCCUGCAAGGGGGCGCGGCGUUGGGAGCGCCCAGCAGCGGGGUGGCGCCGCGCAAGGCGUCGCCCGUGGCGACGGACACGGCGAGUUCGGCGUCGCGCUCCGAGUCGCCCGUGUCGUUCGUGUCGGUGACGUCGGCCUCGUCGCCAUCCACCCAGUCAGACUCGACCCACGACUCGGGUCGGGGCAAGACGACCCAUCAGUCGCCCAUUCCUGUCCGACGGAACUGGCCCCACGAGAAGGAGGAGGAGAGACGUGCCUCCAAGGUACGGAACUACUCUCCGGAGGCGUACAAGUUCUUCAUGGAACAGCACAUGGAGAACAUCAUGAAGAGCCAUGAGCAGAGGCAGCACAGGCGGCAGCAGCUGGAGGCCGAGAUGGCCAAGGUCGGGCUGUCAGAAGAGGCCCAGCGCCAGAUCCGGCACAUGCUCUAUCAAAAGGAGUCCAACUACAUCCGCCGCAGUCGUGCCAAGAUGGACAAGUCCAUGUUCAAGCACAUCAAGCGCAUUGGAGUCGGGGCCUUUGGCGAGGUGGCCCUCGUCCGCAAACACGACACGAACCAGCUGUACGCCAUGAAGACCCUGAGCAAGGAGGACGUGCUCAAGCGCAACCAGGUGGCGCACGUCAAGGCCGAGCGGGACAUCCUGGCCGAGGCGGACAACGAGUGGGUCGUCAAGCUCUACUACUCGUUCCAGGACGAGCGCAACCUCUACUUUGUGAUGGACUACAUCCCGGGCGGGGACCUCAUGUCCCUGCUCAUCCGGCUGGGCGUCUUUGAGGAGCACCUGGCACGCUUCUACAUUGCCGAGUUGGUGCUGGCCCUGGAGAGUGUCCACAAGCUGGGAUUCAUCCACCGCGACAUCAAGCCGGACAAUGUGCUCAUCGACCGCGACGGACACAUCAAGCUCACUGACUUCGGCCUCUGUACGGGCUUCCGGUGGACGCACAACUCCAAGUACUACCAGAAGAACGGUGAGCAUGCGCGCCAGGACUCCAUGGAGCCAGACAAGAACUGGUCGGAUGAUUGCCAGUGCUCCCGGAGCAAGCCAUUGGAGCGGCGGCGGAGGAGAGAACACCAGCGGUGCUUGGCACAGUCCCUGGUGGGCACACCCAACUACAUCGCGCCCGAGGUGCUAGCGAGGCAUGGUUACGGACAGUCGUGUGACUGGUGGAGCGUUGGGGUCAUCCUGUACGAAAUGCUGGUUGGCCAGCCACCUUUCUUAGCCAACACACCUGGUGAGACGCAGUACAAGGUGCUCAACUGGGAGACAACGCUGCAGAUCCCCAAGGUUGCCCUACUGUCCCCGGAAAGCACAGACCUAAUCCUGCGGCUCUGCUGCGGUGCAGAGCAACGGCUCGGCCGGAACGGAGCCGACGAGAUCAAGGCACACCCGUUCUUCGCCUCCAUAGACUUCGAGGGAGGCCUGCGCAACAAGCCGGCCCCCUACAUUCCCAACAUCCGCUACCCGGCCGACACAUCCAACUUCGACGCUGUGGACGACAUGGUUCUCGACAAGCCCCCAGCCUCAGCGCCAGAGCCCAAUGGGCGGCAUCCCGAGCAUGCCUUCUUCGAGUUCACCUUCCGACGGUUCUUCGACGACGGCGGCCAGGCGUACCCUGUCCGAGCGGGGACGGGGGCUGCCCUGGGGGUCACGGGGUCACAAAGCAACGAGGACGGUUUGGACGGACAGGGGUCUCCAGUUUACGUGUGACCAAGGCCCUGCCCUUCGUGGUCUUAAUGCUAAACUUGAGGGGCAGACGGUGUUUAGAAGUUACGAUGCGCAUCGAAAUGCAGUGACCUGGCUGUUGUCUGUGCAGCUAAUGUUGGCAGUCAGAAAGGCAGUGCAGCGUUUGAGGUCAUGCCCGAAGAUAGCUCUUGUUCAACUUAGAGCCCGGUGUUUGCACAAGUGCUUGUGGUGAGCCGCUUUGCCAUUGCUGUGGCUGCUGUGAGCGUCUGAGUUUGCAACCAUCUCUGGUUGAUCGGUGUCUGCAAUUCCAUCUGCCGAGAUCUGGGUGCCGGUAUACAGUCCCUGCGAAGGUGCAGCGGAUGAGGUUCUAGGGAUCCUGAUUCUAGGGGUGUGCUAGGAACGUCGGCCCAUGCAUGGGGAGCAACCCUGUCAAAAUGAUGCUGGUCAUCGCAACAUGCGGCAGAGAUGCCUUACGGCGGAGGACACCAGUGGCGCUUGUCGCAAAGAAAAAUCUUCACAUGUCUCCGAAUGUCCAGCCGGAAGAAACUCUUACUUGACACCAGUGUUAUCAGCUGACCUGCUUGGACCUCCGGCUAGUUCAUCGCCUUGCUGCAGACCAGCUGUCAAGAUGAUAUGCUCAUUGAAUCUGCCAAAUCCAAGUGAUGUGUUCAAAGUGAUCCGAUGGCCCUGCCACCCACAACCAUUGCAAUGAGGCGACGUCUUUUCACCGGCUGUGACCAUAUGAGCACUCGUAAAAGGGAUCCGGCGACAGGUGCCUCGCCCGUCUGCGCCAAAAACGAACAAAAUGAAAACAAAGGCUUUUGACAAAGCGCCACUGCAAGAGUUCCACCGCUGCAUUGCAUCGAAGCAUCUGUCCGGAAUUUUCAAGAACUCUAGUUGUGGCGACUGUUGCUGUGCUGUUACUGUAUUCUUUGUUUUAGGUUUUCCUUUUUUGCUUUGGGAGCAAAGCAAAGCCAAGUCCCGGUACUUUACUAGGAGAAGAAUAGACUCUGUUUCAAUUUCGCGAAAAAAAAAAGAAAAGGUGUACACACUCCCCGCCGUCGCGCCCCCCGUCCGACCUGUUUCAACGGGGGCGGCUUGUUUCUUGUCGCUACGGAGACGCGCUGGACUGUGAUACGUACCGAGGUGGUUCUCGCGAAGGACACUGUCAUCUGCUGCGUGUGUGGUGUGGCUGGACAAUGUGUUUUUUUCUUUCCCAGUGCACGUCGCGGCGGUUGGGGGGACAACAGAAGGGCGCCAGCUGGCGUCCUUAGGCGCCAUUGUUGCUUGUUGUUCUAUAACGCUAUUAUUAUUAAUUAUUAUAAUUAUUACCUCUUGUAUAAUAGCUUCCACCAGCUACCUCUCCUCUUGAGGAGUCCAAGCCCUCUGUGUUAUUUAUUUGAUCUGCAAGGAUUUUUUGGAGAAGUCUGUGAGUGCCUGUCCUUUAUAUCUCUCUCUGUCGGUUUGCUCUCCCGUGUCUUCUGUGCGAUUUUUCCUUCUCUCUGUUUCUUUUAUUCCCUUUUUAAAUAUCUUUCAAGGUGCGUUUGGUCUUGGUGUGUGACGACCCACAGCUCCUUGUUUCUUUGAAGGGGAGGGAAGCGGUGCAGCAGUAAAAUGCAGUCUUGAGAAUGCCACCCGGACAGAAAAUUUCGUGGCAGACAUCAACUUCUUGUGCUUUUUCUGUCGCCCGUCAGUACAUCUGUGUCCAUCGUUAAACACAGAAAGCAGCAUUUUGAGCAACACAUUCUGCGAGCAAAGUGCCUUCUCAGAAAUCGGCAUUCACUAUAGUCUAUUGUGCCUUAUUUACACGGCGUUCUAGCCUGAAUCAAACUCUCUUUCAAAAUCCAGCUUUAUCGUGUGCCUUAUGGGAGAUACAUAAUUACAGUGCAUGGCCUGCGCGCUCACUCGUUAUCAUAGCAAGGCUUCGAGCACUGUGGUCAGUUCAGCGUUCUAGCAUUUGUGGGAGUCCUAGUCUUACAGGUUGACUAAAUAGAUUGAUUCCACUAUGGGUUCCACUUCACCACUGCUGCAAAGAAUGUUGGUUGUAGUAGUUCUUAGUGGGUUUAAAGGGCAACUAUGGUACGAAACAUGUUGUGUUGGUACAACGAUAAGCCGCUUAGAAUUUGAGAUCAAGAAGCGAAGACAUGAGAAUGAAAGGAUUCGGUAGGAGAAGGCCUUCUGCUUAAAAUUUUCUGAAAAAAAUCUGCAGUGGCGUUGUCCUUGGCAUUCUCUUCAAUGUUGCUUUAAAUCCAAGUACAGCGGGAAAGUGGCGAGAACUGCUGUCAUCGUGGCGCUGACAAUGUCGCUGCAUAUGCCCUCUGAACAUGGUGAAAUUGGUCUAUUCAUUUGCCAUUAUCACUUGACAAAAUGAGGCCAGCAUUAGAGGCAGCUUGUGGAACUCGUCACAGAUGCACACAGAGUGCCGAACAUUAUCUUGCUAGUGGCGAUAAAUUUUUGUGGGGCAGCUGUGCUUGUGUAUUGGUUGGGGGUUUUUAUGAAAUGUUGAGCUGAUAUGCACAAUGUAGUAAGGGCAUGCGUCGGUGCCGGUAUGACAGUUGCUAGGCGUGGUUUAUUUUGCUGUGUGAAAAAUCGAUGAAUGGCAGCUUCUUCAAUUGAUAUAUUUAGCCUGCUGUAAUCUCUGUGUCCGUACAGUACAACCUUUUUGUUGAGAACUCGUUGGGACCCGAAGAAAUCAACACUGUGUCAGUAUCUUCUAUUUAGGAGUAGUUCAGCAUUUCACCCAAUUGGGGUUCAGUUAAAUCCGUCUAAACGCCGUCAAUGAAUUCCUAUUCCGAGAAGUGCAAGGUUGCUGUUGCUUAACUUCUAAAUUACGAUCGUGAGCACUGAAGUUAAUUUUGUAUUUUUGUUCAUGUCUUGCCAGAACCACUUGGCGGCAGGCACGCAGCAUGCAAUGAUUUGUCCCAGUUUCCCAUGCAUUUAGUGUUUCUCUAAUCACAUCACGAACUGAGGUGACCUGGGCUUUAUUUGUGGCUACAGGCAUGUCGUUGACCAAGUUCAUCUUCGGUCACAGCGGUAACGGUUUUGCCACUUCUGUCAUCAUCUGACAGCAUCCCAGUUGCAGCUGCACUGUCUCAUUAUGCCAGUUCCUCAAAAGUCUUGCCUUUGCCAUGCCUGGAGUCAUAUUGUGCAAGGAUUCCUUUCCUUUGAUUCUAUUCAUUUCGUAUCGUCCGUCGUAGUGAAUGGCCAGUACUGGCCACUUGCUACAUCUGACUUGCAUUAAGCAGGCGACACUCGUCAACAUGGCAGAUUAAAGUUACCCUGUGCAAUGACUUAGUGGCUAUGUUGCCGUGCUUGCUCAAAUCACUGGGUCGUGGGUUCAUUUCCCAAUCGUGGCGGCGGCAAAGAGAUGCCAUGAUGCCAUCCAAUGACGCAGGACAAAAAGAAUGGAAAUUGUCCAGAAUGGCCCCUGAAAUGAAUAAUAGGGCCCCUACCACCUUUUUCAUUCACAGUUUUUUUUUUUUUCAUUAGUACAGUCAGUCACGUGCUUGCAGAAUAGUAGAAAAGUGCUUUUCUUUGCUAUAUUCCGUUCUUCACUUUAUUCGUAUGUUCAUGCAUGCAGAUUGACUAUAAUGAGGUCCUACUGUAAUUGCAUGAAUUCGCUUGACUGAAACUAUGAUUUUUGGCUCUUGCAGGCGGAGAAUGUCAGAAACAAAGUAUAGUUGACAUCAGACGAGGUUCAAUAUGAAAACUGAAGAAGGCUGAGCAUUGGCAAAAGUUUUAAAUGAAGGGAGAAAAAGUCUGUGUGCAGGUUUUCUGCUGUUUCAAGGCAAUCUAUACAGGCUGUGUUAAAGUAAUUGUCAUUUAACAGAGAUGCAUAAUCCACUGUAGUUUCCACUGUUGAUCUGUUGCCACUGGAGCGAGAGGCUCUUUUUUGUCGUGCAAUUUCAACUCGACUGCAAACACCUCGGAUGAGCUUCUAUGCAACAUGUCUUUUCGUUGCACCACCAUUUGCUGCAUUGUUAGCUGACGCCGUUGAGACUUUUACGAGCAAAACAAACGUGCAGAAUAAAGCACGCAAAGUCGUAAAGCAAGCUGCUGCAAGUCCUAAGCCUUGCUAGGACUUGUUGAAUCCAACUUUGUGCAGUGUUUGAAGAAAAAGAGUACAACGUAAUCAUUUGCCUCUCACCUUCCUUGAUUUAUGUGACUUCCUUGAUUUAUGUGACCUUCCUUGAUUUAUGUGACGACAAGCAUAGCUUUAAACUUAGUGGGCAAUAAGUGGAACAGCAAAUAGCUUUGAACUGGUAGAGUAUUUCGGAGCCCUUUUUUCCCAUUUGUUUGAUAGGAAGAGAGACUGCCAAAUUUCCGUCCUUCUAUUUGUGCUCAAACUGCAGCUCCUACAAUGCCAGUCAUAACAUGACAGAUGUAAUUUGCGCGGUGCGAUGGCUUCGUGGCUAUGGCGGUCUGCUUGCUCAGCAUUGGGUCAUGCAUUCGAUUCACAGUCACGUUGGCCACAUUUCAUUGCGGCUGCAAUGGAACACUGCCUAAUUUGAUAAAUUCCAUCAGCAUUUAUCUUUAUGCAACCGUUUGUAGGCUGCCAACCUAUUGCUGCUAUCUUUGUACUGAUAAAACUUGCACAGCAUUUUCAACUCCAUCAGUAUGCAAAGCUGCGUUAAGCAGGUGGACAUACUGAUAGGAGAGCGGAGGCUGAUCACGACUCAUGAAAGCGACUGCAUGUGCUUUCAGGCCUGUGUGCGUUACUGUGAGUGUGCAUACGUGCCAAACAGGGAUUGAGUGGUAGCCUGUCAUCAGUCAUUGCACUCUAUGACUUGUGGAAGAAUGGGUGAAGGAAUAUGCACCCGUAGAUGACCUGCAUGUUUGUAAACAAAGGGACAUAGUGCAGGCAAAAGGCAGACGAGUUGCCGCAGUGGCCAUGGCGGUCUGUUGCCGAGCCUGAGGUCACAGGUUGAUUAUCAGCCGUGGCAGACGCAUUUAAAAGUUUGUUAAAGGACGCAUCUUGAAGUUCGUCAAGUCUCUGGAGGCAAGCUGAGUGGCAAGUCGGCACAUGACGAACUGUGACCGUUUUGCUUUUGCUUUUCUAUACUUAUGUAAAAACUCGGUGAAGCAAGCAUACAGACGAAAAAUGGAAAUGUUCGUACUGACUAUUAUGUCUUUUCAAAUUAUGCUGUAUGUAAAGCUGUAACCACGGCGGCCGCAUUUCGAUGGGGGCGAAAUGCGAAAACACCCGUGUACUUGGAUUUAGGUGCACGUUAAAAAUCCCCAGGUGGUCCAAAUUUCCGGAGUCCCCCACUAUGGCGUGCCUCAUAAUCAGAUAAUGGUUUUGGCACCGUAAAACCCCAUAAUUUAGUUUAAUUUAACUGUUUUCUGUUUAUCCCGAUAGAAAAUGUUGGCAAAGUUGAGGGACUAUUUUCAGCAGCAGUGUCAUGUACGUACUUUGUUUCCGUACCUUUGACCUUCAUAGCCAGAAAACAUUGUAUAGAUUCCACACUGUUGCCUGCUGUGUGUGAAAUGGUGUAUAUAAGGUGCCGGUGAGUGAGAGCUGAAUGACGACCACUUCAAUUUGUUUUUAUUUUUCCAAAAUUUUCUUGGAAAGGUUUUCUGGUCCAAAAGCUGAGGUGUGCAGCAUGACACAUGGACUUGAGAUUCUGUCGGCCCGGCUUCGGGGCACAAUAUGUUAUGGGCGGAAAUCUGAUGACAGUAUUUUGAAAUGGCAGCACUUGACUCGGUGUUUUGCUGAACCCCGCUGUCUGCCGUAUGCUCCAAUCGCACAGUUAUUGAGUGCCUUCAUUAGGAAAAAAGCCAGUUUAGACCUCAUUGCUAACCGCUUUUCCCGAAGCAUCGUUUAAAAAAUAAUUCAAGGGCUGGAUAUAGACAACUGUUCGGACCAUUUCUUUCAAGCAGGGUUCAUGUUGUAAGCUGUAUCACUCUAGGGCUAGAUGUUUCAAACAAAAAAGUAAAAACAGAAUACAAUUUGCUGUUGGCAUAGUUACUUUCAUGGAUUGCAGAAAAGUAAGCAUAAUGGAGAGGUGCACAUGAACUCGGCAAACAGGAUAAUGCAUACGCUUUUUCUCUGUCUCUUCGAAGAUUGUGUUCAUGCAUGCUGCUAGGUCUUUCCUUGUUUUCGUCUUUUGUCUUUUACAUGUAACCCAUUGAUGCUGCUGAAGAAAGGAAGAGAUAAAGAAAUAUCUUGUUGGACGUAGUGCUUUUAAAUGUCAAUAGAUAAAAGGAAAGCACUUCUUAACUGAUGGUGAUCCCUAUAAUCUGCGAAACAAUAGAACCUUUUUGAUAGCUGUAGGGAGAGGGAUUGGGAUGGAUUGGGGAGGUAAGAAUAUAAUAAAUUGCUGUGACUGUAACUUGAUUAAAGGCCCUUACUCAGGCCUGAACAUCCAUCCGUGAUCACUGUACUUGCAAAUCGUUCUACAGUUUUUUUUUUUUUUUAUUCUAUGACACUCUGCAAUCACUCUUUGCCCGAUUUGACGUUAACAGUAGAUUCGUUUGGGAACACUGAACAGUUGUGUGCAUCUGUCUAUUUAAACACAUAUCUUUAGCAGUGUCCGGUGGUACCUUGCUGCCAUUUUGCCAUCAUGUAUGUGUUUCCUAUUGUGGGGCUGUCUCCUCUUUCUCAUAUUUGCACAUUGGCAUGAGGAGGACAAGGAUUGAUUUGGCUUGACUUAAAAACAAUUUGAUAAUCUGGUUGCUGAGCACGAUGUUUUCUUGACAUUGUAAAUUUGGUAUUGUACUAAACAGUGAAGAAUAUGUGAACUCUACAAGUAUGGGUGUUCCUUUUCUCUUGACUCUACAGUAGCGACAUGCUUUGGUGCCUUCACUUUUUCACCUUUUAGAGGGGGGUCCUCUAUGUGUCUUUUAGCACAAAGUUGGGGCUAUCCAAUCUCUCCGGUGUGUUGCUGCCAGUAUGACACAGAGUGCCUUGACAAUGUUGUCUGAUAAUUCUGUUUGUUUCUACAGAACAACCACUUGUGGAUACUCAUUCAGGCGUUGGCUUGCGCAUCACGCCGCUGCACUUAGUUCUAUAAAUACCUUGUUAAAUUAGCUUGUAAUCUGCAGCUUUGUGUGGUCAGCGUGCCAGUGAGUGUGAAUUGUUCGAACUGUGCGGUGAUGCUGAAUUUUCAUGGCGUCUGUGGGGGUUAGGGUGAGGGGAUUAUUUCUAGUGCAAGCUUUCUCUCUUUCCAAAAGGCUGUUUUCAUAGGGAUAAAAUUCGAGAGGUAGGGGGAUGUUCUGACACUGGGACACCUCCCCGGGCUACGCUACUGUACAGAAUUACUUGUGCUGCACGCUGAACCAAGUGCAUUUUAUAUGUAAAUGUCCUAAUGACUUCAAUGCAAUGUUUAGUCAUGCCCAGACCAUGUCAUUCGCUUUCAUGAAAAUAUUCUCCAUUCAUUCCUUUUUUUCUGUUGCUGUGAGGCACAUCAAAUUGGUGACGCACCGAACAUCAUCCCAUGAAUAAUGGUCCUUGCGCCACUUUAGACCUCGUAGUAUGUAAAAAUCAAAACCACCGAAGCAGAUUUUGUUCUGGUGCAUCGGGGGAUGAGAUAACUGCUCUGUGCAUAUCUCAUUCGCAUUUAAGCAGACACAUUUUUUUGCUAUGUUCAGACAUAAGCACACUUUUUGUACUGAAACGGUUGAUGCAAGUUUGCGAAUAAUUUGCAAUGUUAGAAUGGUGAAUGUCGCUGCCUGUAUAAUUGACAGAGUACUUGAUGCUUCUGAGUGUGGUGUAAAUGGAGAUUGUUUUGUUUCCUGUGCUAAAUUCCCGUGUGAAAAAUGCUGUUUUGCCAAUUUAUGCACUGGGGUAAAGGUGAUAACACUGUUUCCUACAUCGUUGAGCAGAGUGCUGCGAUGGAUGUCCAGAGAAAGUGUAAGCAUGGAUCGUGUCGAAAACAGGCCUCCUGCUCGAACCCUGCCCUGCCAACCCCUCGACAAAGAAACAAAGUGCUAAACGUAGCAUUUUACUGUUUCCUUUCCUUGUCUAUUGCACCGUAAGCUUUUUUUUUCCCCCUGUUCUGUGCCGUGUGUACAUAUUGUAAAUUUUUGGUUGGACAUAUGACUGUUGUUCCCCGUUCUCUUUGUAGCUUCCCUUGUUUUAUACAUAUAUAGGCUUCUUGUUUUGUAUUUUUUUGGCAACACAAAUUUUUUUUUCUUUCUAGGAUGGUGUAUAUAGGAAGGCGGGCUUUUAGUCAAAACAAAGAAGCCUUGUACAGUUUCCAGCCUCACGUUAUUGUGAGGACGUCUUUUAAAAGGCUUUUGUUUUUGUUUCUCGUUCUGUGCUCUCCGGAUUUGCGUUCUGCUGUGUCACUUUUCUUCUGUCAAGUGCUUGGAACUUCCCUCGUCUUUACACAAUGCUCCUGUCCUCCUUCCUUCCACCACAAUAUUUUUCUUCGCUUCGAGAGACGUUUUGUUCUGCUCUUGUGUUGUCGUGGCACAGAAGUAACAAUAAAACAAAAACUCUUCUAUGAA